AUGUUUGACCAGAUGCUCGCAGCGGCGGAUGCUGCGGAUGUGCUGUCGGACGGGUCUGGGGUCGACGAGUCGAAUGAGCUUUACGGCGGGGCGGCGGAUGCGGCGGGCGCCUCGGGCACAGGCGCCGAGGCAGGGCGUGCUGGCGGCGCCGGGUUCGGGACAAGGCAGGCGAAGCAGCGGCGGUCCGCCGCGGCGGCCGUAAAGCCCUGGCAGGCGUGCCCGUGUGCGUCGGGCCAACCCUACAAGUCCUGCUGCCAGCCCUACCACUCUGGCGCGGCCACGCCCCCCACCGCGCCUGACCUCGUACGCGCACGCGUCUCGGCGCUCACCCUCGGCCUGGUGCCAUUCCUGGCGUCGACGCUGCACCCUGACGGCGACGCUGCGGCGCUGCUCGGCGGCAUACUGCGCUCCGACACGCGCCUGCUGGAGCGCCGCCUGCGGCGGCGUGCCGCGCUACACGCGCGCCUCAAGUUCAGGACCCUGGGCAUGGCACACUGUGAGGGCGACCAGCCCGGCACGUGGGUGGUGGCGUAUGUGCUGGAGGCGACUGCGGGCGGCGAGGACGUCGCCGGGGAGAGGUGGACGGUCAUGGAGCUCUGCAGGCGGGACGGCAGCCGCGAUGACAGCCAGGUUGAUGGGGCUGGCGGCGGCCAGCGGGACGCAGGGCGCUGGCUGUACUUCGGUAUGACGCAUGAGAUGCCAACGCUACACGACGCGACGGCGAUCGUUGAAAUCAUCCAGGAGCACGAUCCGGCGGCGUUGGGGAUGGCAGCGCCGGCGGGCGGCAGCGGCCUGCAGGGGCGGCGUCGCAUGUUUGCUCAGGGCCCGCGGCGCCUGGGCCGGCGUGACUCUCUGGGGACGGCGGCCGACGGCGGGCGCGAGUGGUUUGUUGACCUGGCAACGCCUGAGGCGGUCAGGCGGGCCAGGCAGGAAGCCAUGGCGGCGGCUGAGAGUUCAGCUGGCGACGGUGCCGGUCGGCGGCGCCGGCAGCGGCAGGGCCACGGGUCAUCACCCUGGCAGGCGGCGGCACCAGAGGCGCAGGCAGUGGCGGCGAUGGCGGCGCAGCAAGGGGAUGACGGGGUACUGGACCUUGAUCUCUACUUGGAAGCGAUGCGGCGGCUAGGGGCGCCCGUCGGCUCGGUGUAA